GGGGCCCCGGGUGGGCGGGCGGCGCGCAUGGGGGCGGGCGCGGCAGCGCUGGGGCGGGCGGCGCUGGCGGCGGCGCUGGUGCUGCUCUACUACGGCUUCUCCAUCGGCAUCACCUUCUACAACAAGUGGCUCGUGAAGAGCUUCCCGUUCCCGCUGCUCGCCACCCUGCUCCACCUCCUGCUCAUCUUCGCGCUCUCGGCGCUGUUCCGCGCCCUGGCGCGCUGCCGCUCCGGGCGGCCGCGGGCGACGCUCUCCUGGGCCGACUGCCUCCGCCGGGCGGCCCCCGCAGCUUUGUCUACUUCAUUGGAUAUUGGACUGAGUAACUGGAGCUUCCUGUAUGUCACUGUCUCCCUCUACACGAUGACCAAAUCCUCUGCCAUUCUCUUCAUCCUGCUUUUUUCACUGCUCUUCAAGCUGGAGGAAAUGAGGGUAGCGUUGGUGCUGGUGGUUCUGCUCAUCGCUGGGGGGCUCUUCAUGUUCACCUACAAGUCCACACAGUUCAACACACAAGGGUUCAUGCUGGUGCUCUGUGCCUCUUUCCUUGGGGGUAUUCGCUGGACUCUCACGCAGAUACUUAUGCAGAAGGCUGAACUGGGGCUCCAGAACCCCAUUGAUAUCAUGUUUCACCUGCAGCCGCUCAUGUUCCUGGUGCUCUUCCCUCUGUUUGCAGUGUUUGAGGGCCUGCCUUUGUCCGUAUCAGAGAAGCUCUUCCAUUUCCAUGAAGCAGGAAUGCUGCUCUGUCUGGUAGGGAAGCUGUUCUUGGGUGGAAUUCUUGCCUUUGGUCUAGGCUUUUCUGAGUUCCUCUUGGUUUCCAGAACAUCUAGCCUCACCCUUUCCAUUGCUGGCAUUUUUAAGGAAAUCUGCAUUUUACUCCUCGCCACACGUUUGCUGGGAGACCACCUCAGUCUCUUGAACUGGCUGGGUUUUGCUGUCUGUCUGUCAGGAAUCUCCCUUCAUGUCAUUCUCAAAGCCAUAAAUACCAAAGGUGAAAAAACACUGAAUCUAAAUGAAGAGGCAAGCUCUGACCCUGACCUGGAGCUGCUGCUGCACCACACUGAACAUGGGGAGGAGGAAGAGGAUGUUGAAACCAUACAACAACACUGAGUGAACAUGAAGCACAAAGAAAGGCUGCUUCUCUGUUCUUAACCGGACCUGUCUGACAACUGUCUGGGAGGAAGGUCCAAGACUCUGUGACUUCCCAAAGGAAAGCCAGUGCCUGGUGAGAGUCCUGCUCUUCUACUGCAAUGUGGAUCUGUAGAUGCUGCACAGCGAACAGGCAAUACCCCUUUCCCAGAGAGUGAACUUGGAAGAUGAGCCCCAGUUCAGUGGAAGUAGAAUGGAGUGGUGAGACUGGGAAAUGCUACGGAAGACUUUCUAGGGAAUGCUGAGGGAUGUACAUGGAGAGGGUAGACCAUCAGCUGUAGAUUGAGCAUGGACAUGUCUGGACCGCAGGGUGAAUGGUUCAAGGAUGAUUUUAGUGGUGUUUAGGCUUUGGCUUCAAUGGAGAAGGUAGAUAUAUCUUCUCAUGCUUGUUUUAUGGUUCUGCCAAGUGAGAGCUCCUUUCUUCAUGGAAGCAGAUGAUUGCACAUAAAUCCCAAGACUUGUCCCAGCAAGAAAAAGCCUUUGUGCUUAGUGACCUCUAUGUGUGCAUAUAAGGGGAAGACGUAAAUGUCUGCUGGUAUUUGGGACCAAUCGAACAUAACCAAAUGAUGCUGGGUGGAGGAAGAACAGGGACACGUGAGUACUGCUGGCCACACAGCCAUGGGAGGAGAGAGUAGUAUCACGGGAGAUCUAGCUUGAGCAGGAAGCUUAUCAGAAAGUAUGUGGGUAUUUUUGUUUGUUUGUUUUUGGUAGUUUGGUUUUAAUUUUAAAUAAACUGAUUUUCUGA